GCUGCUAAAGUUGUGACUCCUGUCAUCGAUUUGACUACUCCUAAUUAUAGCAAGAGUGUGUUGGAAGCUCGGUCUAAGUUUAAACCCGAGGAAUUGGAAGCUGCUCGUUUGGCUAGACUCGCUGGCUUGGGUCCAUACAUUUCGAAAUUGCCUGAGAAAUGGAUUCCCUACGUCGAGCUCAUGCGGUUAGAAAAGCCAGUGGGGACAUUAUUGUUGCUCAUUCCCAGUUUCUGGGGUAUUACCAUGGCCUCCUACUCUAUUGCUGCUCCGUUGACCACUUCUCUUUACGCUAUUGCGCUCUUUUCCAUUGGUGCGGUAAUCAUGAGAGGUGCAGGUUGUACCAUCAACGAUAUCUGGGACAGAGACUUAGAUAAUCAAGUGGCUAGAACCAUGGAAAGACCGAUAACCAGUGGUAGAGUAACUGUGCCGCAGGCUGUGGCCUGGAUGGGAGUGCAGUGCUUCGCUGGCUUGGCUGUGUUGUUGUCCUUGCCUUUUGAAUGUUUCUACUUGGGAGCUUUGUCCUUGCCUUUUGUAGCUGCCUAUCCCUUGUUCAAGCGGUUCACAUACUACCCACAGGCUAUGUUGUCGAUCUGCUUCAGCUGGGGUUGCCUCCUUGGAUUUCCAGCUGUUGGGGCUGCUGUCAAUUGGUAUGUUGCUGGACCUUUGUUCAUAGCCAACUGGAUUUGGUGUCUCACCUAUGAUACAAUCUAUGCUCAUCAAGACAAGCAGUUCGAUAUUAAGGCUGGCAUUAAGUCGACAGCUUUGGCUUGGGGAGAUAAGACUAAACCAAUCUUGAAAGGCUUAACUUACACCCAAGCCGCCUUCUACACGGCUGCAGGUGUCCUCAACUCCAUGGGUCCAGGCUUCUACAUUACAGGCGUCUGGGCUUUCACAAGGCUAUACAACCAAAUUAGAAAAGUGAACUUGGAUGAUCAAAAGAGUUGUUGGAGCGCUUUCACCUCUAACAUCAAAACAGGGUUUAUUUUCUGGUUGGGUAUGGUAGUCGACUACCUCUUGUUAUUAACAGGAUUCUUGUAAUUAUAAAUCUAGAUAAACUGUAAAUAUUCAUAUCAUUUCUACGUUCCAUUCUCGAAUGAAUUGGCAAA